AUGGCCACUAAUCCUCCCAAAUUCAAAGUCCCGCUCGUUGAUGAUGAAAGGCUGCAAAACUUGAAAAAUGCUUUUGAGAGACAUUAUGGAGAGACUCCGCUCUUCUAUGCAUGUGCGCCUGGGAGAGUCAAUCUAAUAGGAGAGCACAUUGAUUACUGUGGUUUCUCUGUUUUGCCAAUGGCUAUUGAACAGAAUAUCUUUGCUGCAGUCUCAGUGAAUAAUUUGGGAACAAUCCAGCUGGCCAAUAUAAAUCCUCUGUACAACAAUAUCACUGUGUCUUGUUCAGAGGAAAUCGUUAUUGACAGAACUAACCCGAAGUGGUAUUAUUAUUUCCUGUGUGGUGUUAAGGGCAUUCAGGAGAAGUUUGGGAUCACACGUUUACCAGGAAUGUCGUGUGUCAUCGACGGCAAUGUUCCACCGAGCUCUGGUCUGUCCAGUUCUAGUGCCCUUGUUUGUUGUGCUGGGCUCGUAACAAUGGAGGCAAAUCAGAAGUCCCUCUCCAAACUAGCUCUUGCAGAGAUAUGUGCAAAAUGUGAGCGAUACAUUGGUACAGAGGGAGGAGGCAUGGACCAGUCCAUCUCAUUCCUGGCAGAGAAAGGAACUGCAAAACUGAUAGAGUUUGAGCCGUUAAGGGCGAUUGAUGUCCAGCUCCCAGCCGGUGCUGUUUUUGUGAUUUCCAACUGCUGUUUGGAGAUGAAUAAAGCGGCAUCUUCUCACUUUAACAUUCGUGUGGUAGAGUGUCGGAUCGCCACAAAGAUGCUGGGCCAAGCCAAAGGGUUGAACCAAAAGGGGUUGCUAAAGCUGGCACAGGUGCAGACGGAGUUGAAAGCAUCUCUGGAGGAGAUGCUGCUUCUUGUGGAUGAGGUUCUACAUCCCGAGCCGUACAGCCGAGAGGAGAUCUGUAAAGCUCUCGACAUCACAUCGCAGCAGUUCUCCACAGAGCUACUCAGUGCAAAUACUCAACAUGUAACACAUUUCAAGCUGUACCAGCGAGCCAAACAUGUCUACGGCGAGGCUUCACGUGUGUUGCGCUUUAAGGAUGUGUGUGAUUGUGAGGCUGAAGAGUCCAUCCAGCUACUGGGUGACCUGAUGAACCAGAGCCACGCAAGCUGCAGAGAUCUGUAUGAGUGCAGCUGCCCUGAACUAGACCAACUAGUGGAUAUUUGUCUGAAAUCAGGCGCUGUGGGGUCCCGGUUGACAGGAGCAGGCUGGGGCGGCUGCGCUGUGUCUAUGGUUCCCAGUGACAAAGUUCAGUCCUUCGUGCAAGCAGUGAGGGAAGCUUACUACCUCCCUGAUCCUCGUAGAGCAGCAAUGGAAAAACAAAGUUUGUUUGUCUCAAAGCCUGGAGGAGGAGCUGCAAUUUACGUAGAGAAUUGA